AUGGAUAAGAUUAGUAGUAACGCAAAUAAUAAUAUUAAUAAUAACACUGGAACUGACAAUAGUAGCGGGGUUGUGCCUACAACAGUAGAUCAUGAUGUGUACUCUAAAAUAAUGAAUUCAAUGGCUUUUAAUAAUAAAUUGGAUAAGAGUAACGAUAUUAUUAAUAAUAGCGGUAGUAAUGGUGAUAAUAGUAACAAUAAUAAUAGUAGUAGUAGUAUAAUUAAAACUGAAGAAAGUUCGACUGUUGAUAAUCAAGUAAGUAUCAAUGAGAAUGUUCGUAUUAAGGAGAAAUAUGUAGAGUUGAUAGAGUUAGAUGGGAAGAGAGUUUCAAAAACCUCAAAGGGUAAGAAAAAAUUUCAUUCUAAAUCAAGAAAUGGAUGUAUCAACUGCAAAAGAAAAAGAAUUAAAUGUGAUGAGACAAAGCCGGUAUGCAUAAAAUGUCAAAAUUCUAAAUUACAAUGUGCUUAUGCUAAUGCACAAUCUACUAAUGAUCGUAAUCGAUCAGGGUUGGGAUCAAUGAAUGAUCCAAAUAUUGUAACCAAUAGUAUUAAUGGUGACAUAAAGAAUAGUGCAAAUCAUUCAUUGCAGAAUGAUAAUAAAAAGAGAAAAACUUCUAAACGUCAAGUGAAAACAGUGAUUAAAUAUAUUACAAGGAAAGAAGAUGGUACAGUUGAAAUAUCUGAUAAAUUUGAAGAAUUAAAAAGGGAUGAUAAAAAUGCAGUAGAACAAGGAAAUAAUGGACAAUAUCAGAUGGAACAAAGUGGUAUAUUAAAUAAUCCAACAGAUUUUCAUAAUGUAGUUAAAACAGAAUUUGAAAAUAAUAAAAACGUAAUAAAGAAUUUUAAUAGUAAUUCCCAAAAUGAUAGUGGUAAUAAUCAAAAUGGUAAUAGUAAUAAUAAUAAUAGUAAUCAUAUUAAUCAUAUUAAUCUCAAUAUGAUUAUGAAUCCGAAUACAUUGAUGAAUUCUACACAAAAUUCCUUAAACCAAAAUAUUCCAAAUGAAUUUAACAACAACAACAAUAACAACAACAACAACAAUAAUAAUAAUAAUAAUAAUAAUAGUAAUCAGAAUCUUAGUAUAUCUAAGAAUUGUAAUAAUAAUUUAGCUGCUAUAAUGGAUGUUAUAUUGAGCCUAGCAAGUCAACAGAGCAACGUUGCAUCUUUAAAUAAUGUUAAUAUUAAUCUAUUAUUAAAUUUAUUAUCUAACACAAAUGCUAUUCACCAGUUACAAAAUGAGAUAAAUAUAAAUCAAGUUAUGAAUAAUAACAAUAAUAAUAGUAACAAUAGUAAUACCACUAACAAUAAUACUCAUAGUAAUAAUAAUACGCAACAAAAUGCUAAUGUUUUCCAGAGUAAUACACCAACUAAUACUUUAGCUAAUAAUGUAUCUGCCUCUUUGAAUAAUUCUUCAAAUAAUGUGAUCAAUAAUAUUCAUGGAAUAAGUUUUGUUAGUGAGUCAGCCAGUAUCAGUAAUAAUAGUAACAGCAAUUUACAUACCUAUGUGAAUGGUUCAAAUUUGCAAAGUUUGAUGAAUCAAACAUCAAAUAUUCCAUAUAAUAUUCUAAACAAUAAUAAUAAUAAUAUUGGUAUUAAUCCGUAUAUGAUUAACAACAGUACAAAGCAACAACUUCAAUACCAACUAAAUCAGCAAUUGCAGCUACAACAACACCAACAAAUUCAAUUACAACAGAAUCAGCAGCAUCAUAUCCAACAACAACAACAAUUACAAAACCAGCAACAACAAUUUUUGCAACAACUAUUAGAACAAGAUCUAACUCAAUCAACACUAGAUCAGUCAGUCUUAUUAUCCACUCAGUUGCAACAACAGCAGUCUCAGAUGCAAUCAUCUAUGAGUCCCUUACCUUUUAAUGAUGAAACAUUUGGUCAGUUGACCAAAUUUUCCUUACAAAAGUUACAGCAACCAGUUGAUAUUGGUAACCAAAAUAAUAAUAGUAGUAGUGCUACGACAAAUAAUGAUAGAAAAGAUAUUGAUACUAUUAACAAUAUGGAAACCAACAAAACUCAGUUUUCAAGAAAUAAAAAUGGUAUAUUUCAAACUGCUGGUAUUGGUGGUAUUGAGUACGAUUUUCAAGAAUUACUAGGUAUAAAAUUAAACAGUAACAGAAGAGCAUCGAAAAUUUCGAAUGCACAAGAGGCUUUAGCCACGAUGCAAAAGGAAACAGAAAGAACAUCGAGACAAGAAAAUUCAAACCCUAAUAUUCCUAGUCUUAAGAAUAGCAUUAAAGGCCAAUAUGAAAGUAGAAGUGGUAAUACUAGUAAUAUUUUAACUGAUAAUUCAAAUAAUUCUUUAAAUAGUUUAGAAAGAACAGAUACCUCGCCAAUGUUGCAAGAAAAUCCUACAUCAGCUACCUCAUUGUUAUCACAGAUGACAGCAACCACUUUUAAUACAACAUUAUCACCAAUAUUACCAUUGGCAACAACGAGCAUGAGUAAUAUUAAGGCCAAACCUUCUAAUGACAAAGAAAAUAAUGUAGAAGAGAAGAAUGAUGAUAUUUCAAAACUGUUGUCGCUUUCUACAAAAGCAAAUUUGAAUUUAGUAGAUAUGAAAUUAUUCUAUCACUAUUGUACUAUUGUAUGUUAUACAGUAGGAUCAUCUCAGGAUUCAGCAACUAAAGUUUGGAGCCAAAAUGUUCCUGAAUUGGCUUUUCAAUAUCCAUAUUUAAUGCAUUCCUUAUUGGCUUUUAGUGCCACACACUUAUCAAGGACUUUAUCUGGUUUAGAACAAUAUGUUUCAUCGCAUAGGCUUGAUGCUUUAAAAUUAUUGAGAGAGGCCGUAUUAGAGAUAUCACAGGACAAUACGGAUGCCCUUGUUGCUAGUGCGUUAUUAUUAAUAAUGGAUUCAUUAGCCAAUGCAACUAGUACAGGUUCAGGAUUAAGCGUUCAAUCAUCAUCAGCAUGGAUUUUCCAUGUGAAGGGUGCAUCUACAAUAUUGACUACUGUUUGGCCAUUAAAGGAAACCUCUAUAUUUCAUGACUUAAUAUCUGUUGAUUUGUCUAAUCUUGGUGAUUUUAUUAACAAAGAAGAUGGUACUGUAUCAGAAUUGGUUUGUUUUGAUGACAAUAUUGCUGAUUUAUAUCCUGUGGAUAUUAAUUCGCCCUAUUUGAUCACAUUAGCAUAUCUGAACAUAUUACAUAAUGAAAUUAAUGAUUCAAAUUUGAUUUUCAGGAUAUUUACUUUCCCUGCAUUAUUAGAUAAAACUUUUUUAGCAUUAUUAAUGACAGGUGAUUUAAGUGCAAUGAGGAUAAUGAGAGUGUAUUAUAAAUUGCUAACUAAUUUUACUACAAGAGUGAAGGAAGAAUUUUGGUUUUUAGAGGGAAUAUCACAAGUUUUGCCAGAAGAUGUCGAUGAGUAUAGUGGAGGUGGUGGUAUGCAUAUGAUGCUUGAUUUUUUGGGAGGCGGCUUACCAUCCAUGACUUUAAGCAAUUUAUCCGAUUUCAUGUAA